AUGAACGGUACACCCCUCGGCCAUUCUCAGGGGCUCGACAAUGGAAUAAAAACAUCUUUAAGAACCCAAAAUGGGUUUAUUCCACCACAUAUCCGGGCCACGGCCCGUGCGGUAUGUAGUGUGGAUCCGACAAGCUACCCUAAACUUCACGCUCUGGUCUCCGAUCUAGCCUCUGCGGCUCGUGAUGCUCGACAGGCCGAGCAAAUCGUCGACGAAUUGCGAUUCAUCACGACGGAAAUUCGGGAUGGCGUUCCGUUCGACCCUCAGGAAUUUGUUCUGUUCCUGCAGGAGUAUAUAACCAUGCGAGAGCUGUUAUUGCCAAUGGUUUCUCGUCUGGAGGCGAUCUCGAACACCCUGCUUGGCCGGACCCUCACGUUGACCACCCAGCUCGAUCAUCUGUGCACGGAGUGUGGGGUGCUGUCGAUCCAGAUCUUCCCAACUCUGCGGAAAAUUCACUGUUUCUUUAUGGAAAUGGCUUCAUCAGAGGCGGAAUACGACUUUCUGCUUGAGAUUCGUCGCGAUAAAGUUCUUCGAAUUUUCAUGGACUUUUUGUGUGUGCUCCUUGAAAACGCCCUGGCCGCCCUCAAGGCCUAUCAGUGUGAUGUGGUGGCGUCCCGGGCGGAGCUUGGUAAACCCGCGGAGCCCCCCAAGGCUGCCGCGCGCGGCCUCACCCCCGUUCACGCGGACGAGCCCCAAACAACCCCCGACGAGGCGGAUCCCACGCGCCUGGAAAAGGGCCCUCGCGACCUGGAAACGGUCCUUCCCGCGCGGAAAGCGAGUGCGCUAUUGCAGGACCUCAUUUCCGACGCCCUGGCAGGCAGGCCGCUCUUCGAUGCGAUGCCCUACCACCUGGCCGAGGCCCUCUGCGGCGUCCACGCGGAUUUCGAGCUCCACUUUGCCCACCUCACUUGGUAUCUCAGGGCAACCUCAGGCCGGUUGAACGAGGAGCGCCUUGCCGAGACCAACCCUACCUCGGAGGGGGAAGGAAUGCAAUUAAGCGAUCGCUCUAUUCAGCGAAUGUGGUGGGCGGCGGUGGGGCCCCAUCCGGCGUGCGAAGCCGCGCUUUUUCAAGACGCCCUCCUCCCCAAACUGGUCCCGGAAUGGCUGUGGAAUCCGGUCAUGGCGGUGGUGAACUACCAAAACUGUGGGGUGGUCUCCUUUUUCUCCCUCAACCGGCUGUUAAAAGUGUGGGGCCCACUUGUGGUGUUGGUGGAAAAGUUUGGGCAGUGCAUUCAGGGGGGGUUUCUGUCCUUAACCAGGCCGUUGUCGUAUUGGCAAUGGAUGCUCGCCCGUCGGCCGGACGCCGUCGUGGGCGAUUACCUGGUCGCCCUCACGACGACCCCUGGCGAGGUGUAUUUGAUGGUUUUAAUCCCACCGCAACCCCUCCGAGGCGUGGGGGAACGGACGCGGCAGGGCUCGAGGAGUUCCACUAGGGGCCUUUGGAUUCUCAAUAAUCCUCAUCCCGAAGAUCGAACUAUGGCGGAGGUCCCAUCCGCAAAUCGGCGCCUCGCGACCUACCGCCUUUCCCAGGAAACAGGCCUGUGGGUCAUUUGUGGGAUGGCACGCAAACUGUUUAACUCCGUCGCCGACGCCUGCAAUGCCUUUCCGAUGUUAUUUCGCCGACCCUGCGGGGAUGGGACUGGGCAAUCAACAGGGGGCGGGGGGGGAUUGUCCGCGUAUCGCCAUUUGGCGGCGGCCUCGAUGGAGGACCUCACGCUCCACCAUGCCUGCUAUCACGACAACGCGCGAUGUGUGCGGAUGCUCCUGCUUCGGGGGGCGGCCACCGUUGUCAAUUGCGCGAUGGUCGAACCGGGCGUGAAUCCGGACUUCUGCUGGACGCCGCUUUUGUCCGCGGUGAAUACGCCGAAUUCGGACCCGGUAGAGGUGGUGCGAAUGCUGCUAGACGCGGGGGCGGAUAUGCACUUCAAGGACGACGCCGAGCGCACGGCGCUUUAUUAUGCGAUAGCCCACGGGUAUGCGGGUUCGGUGGGACUUUUGCUUGCGCGCUGUCCGACUUUGCAGGCAUCCCCGACAACGGUGCCUUUGUUUUUGGCGCUCGGCGCAAAUUGGUUUCUGCCGUGCGGCAGCGAUAUCAGGCGGCUCGCCGAUUUGAUUCCGAUCGCGAGCGUCGUGGCCGCCAUUCUCAGCACCGUUCACGAUUACGAUUUGGUAGAUCUUGCCGCCCGUCUUAUGCGGCGAAUUUUUUUCAGCUCGGGUAAAGGUUCGCAUAACGGCAAUAGCAAAGCGGAGCUUCCAAAAAACGAGAUGUCUGUGGUACAUAUUGAGGAGCCACAUUUUCCUUCCGAAUGGCAUUCAGCAGACGCACAGCUGGUGCUAAAGUACCUGCCGAUAGGAGACGAAGCUUUGGAAAUUCAUACCGACUGUGAGAUGUCGUAUUUAUCACAAAUCAUUCAAGACCACGAUCGAGUAUGUCGCUCCCAUACCUCGCAAAUGCAUAUGGUUUUGCGGACGUUGUAUAAUCGUUGUUUUCUCCUCUCGGUGCGGAAUACGCUCAGCAACGGUAAAGAUGCAUAG